AUGGCGAGCCGCGAUUGGGUGAAGCUGGCGGACAAGGAGGUCAAGAUUUACGAUUACAUGAUCAGCUGUAAGGACAUGGUUUUGCCUUGGAGCUCCGAUUUGGGGAAGAUUGAGGAGUUCAUGGCGGAGAAAGGCCGUGUACUCAAGAAAAUGUACUCAGAUUUGGAUGUGGUUUGUGGGAAUGUGUUGACUGUGAGUCAGGCGCAGAAUUUGAUUCAGGCUGGUGUUGAUGGGUUGAGGGUUGGGAUGGGGUCUGGCUCCAUUUGUACUACUCAAGAGGUUUGCGUCGGCGGCAGGGGACAGGCAACUGCUGUUUACAAGGUUGCAUCUGUUGCUUCACAAAGUGGUGUGCCUGUUCAACGAAGGUUUUGCAGAUAG